CUCCUCGUGAUUAGAGCACGGCCACGGUCUAGCCCGGCCGUGAUUAGACAUUAGACCAAUUAGACUAUUUCUGAACAAAGCAGCAUUGUGGCAGCAUUGUGCCAUUGUGCUGUAGUAGCAUAUGGUAGUAGCAUUCUGCUAAUGGCCUGAUCAAUUUGCCUAGCUUAGGCUGUAACCGUUGCGUAGAUUAGUGCUACAUUCGCUUCCUCGAGCGAGUCGUGUGGUUUCAGUAUGAGGCAGGCGUGUUCGUGCUCAGCCGUACAGUUCGCAAAUUAUUGGAUGCGUGCAUUUAGUCGUGCCGGAAUCGAGCCAGGAGAGGCUAAAGCUUCACUCAGCUGUUUUCUCAGCAGUGUACUCGGCAGAAGAACGGCAUUAGAGGUCUAUUCAAACACGACCAGAAAGCGCGAAGCAUAUUCUACCUCGACAUAUGAAUCGACUAAACUACUACUGCCAAAGAAGAGCGCAAAGGUUGCCUGUUCAGUAUAUCUUGGGAGAGUGGAACUUUCACGGAUUGCCACUGAAAAUGUGCCCACCAAUAUUCAUUCCAAGACCCGAAACAGAAGCACUGGUGGACAUUGUUCUGUCGCACAUUAACCAUAGCGACGGUGGCACUAAAUGUAUCUUAGAUGUUGGCUGCGGCACAGGUGCCAUCUGCCUCGCUCUUGCUUCCCGAACUACUAAGGUUCAUUACACGGGAAUUGACAAAAAUGUGCUGGCAGUCAAGCUAGCUGAAGAAAAUGCCUCGCGACUGGGCUUGUCAGAGAGAGUUUCCUGCUACGUGGCUGAGGUGACAUCAACUGGCUUAAAAUGUUUACCACCUCAGUUGACGAGCUCAGUGUUUGAUGUCAUCGUCAGUAAUCCCCCUUACGUUGCCAUUCGAGAGUCCCACACACUUGAGCCAGAAGUACUGAGGCAUGAAGACCAUGCAGCUCUUUUUGCUGGCAUCGAUGGUUUGGACGUUGUGCGAGGCCUUCUGCAGUUGUCGAGGACAAGGCUCAAAGUUGGAGGGCAUCUAUUUAUAGAAGUGGGGCUCUCACAUCCGCCCCUCAUUCAAGCCACAUUGGCAGCUCAAGAGUACAGCCAGAUGUUCAAGCUGCUGGCAGUACACCCAGACUUCACCUUAAGGCCGAGGUUUGUUGAAAUCAAACGAAUAAAGUAAAAAUAUUUUAGUGGAGUCAGUAGCUGCAAAUGAGUUAAAUAAAGCAGUACUGACAUGA